UCUCGUCGGUCCGUGAACGCGAGCUCCGUGCGCGCUCCGGGCUGAAGGCGAAUGCGGCAGGCGACGAGAAAACAAGCGGCGGAGACGAGACGAGACGCGGCUCAGCUCCACAUCACAAGACCCGACCCUUCUGCAGCGGAAACCUCACGCCCUGACGGGUCGUGUUACCGCAGGAGACGGCGGAGGACAUCCACGGCCAGAGACCAUAGGAUGCAGUGUAGACUUGGCUGGUGACUGGUCUGCAGCCUCUCCACUUCUCUUGUCCCUGGAGUCAGACGGUUGGGGGGCAGAUUCCUGCGUUCCCUUCUUCUCAGUCUCAGCCAUCUCUGCCUGGACAAAACCAACCGCCUGCCAUUGGAGUACACGGCUCAUCCACGCCUGUGUUGCCUGGAUCAGCACAUCUAAUCUCCUGACUGAGGAGAGCGCAGCAGCUGCACAAGAUUCUCCUUUUACCAACUGAUCCCUCCCAACCCCACCCACACCUCCCUGUCACCAUGGUGCUGUCACAACGACAACGAGAUGAACUAAAUCGAGCGAUAGCCGAUUAUCUACGUUCCAAUGGAUAUGAAGAGGCAUAUUCCACUUUCAAGAAGGAGGCGGAAUUAGAUAAUAAUGAAGAGUUGGAUAAGAAGUAUGCUGGCCUUUUGGAAAAAAAAUGGACCUCAGUCAUCAGAUUACAAAAGAAGGUGAUGGAGCUUGAAUCCAAACUGAAUGAAGCUAAAGAGGAGAUCACCCUCGGAGGACCUGUUAGUCAGAAGCGUGACCCCAAAGAGUGGAUCCCACGCCCCCCAGAAAGGUAUGCUCUGAGUGGGCACCGCAGUCCGGUCACCCGCGUCAUCUUCCACCCAGUCUUCAGUGUCAUGGUGUCGGCUUCUGAGGACGCUACAAUAAAGGUUUGGGACUAUGAAACAGGAGACUUUGAACGCACACUGAAAGGGCACACAGAUUCAGUGCAGGACAUCUCUUUUGACCUGACAGGAAAACUGCUAGCAUCCUGCUCUGCUGACAUGACUAUCAAGCUGUGGGAUUUUCAAGGCUUUGAAUGCAUCAGGACCAUGCACGGACAUGACCACAAUGUUUCAUCUGUAGCCAUCAUGCCCAAUGGAGAUCACAUUGUUUCUGCCUCGAGGGACAAAACCAUAAAAAUGUGGGAGGUGGCAACUGGAUACUGUGUGAAGACCUUCACAGGCCACAGAGAGUGGGUCCGUAUGGUGAGGCCGAACCAGGAUGGCACACUGAUCGCCAGCUGUUCAAAUGACCAGACAGUGCGCGUUUGGGUUGUGGCUUCGAAAGACUGCAAGGCUGAACUGCGGGAGCAUGAACAUGUGGUGGAGUGCAUCUCCUGGGCACCAGAGAGCGCCCACCCCACCAUCCAAGAAGCCACAGGCUCUGAGACCAAGAAGAGUGGUAAGCCAGGCCCCUUCCUGCUGUCUGGCUCCAGAGACAAAACCAUCAAGAUGUGGGAUGUUAGCAUUGGCAUGUGCCUUAUGACACUGGUCGGCCAUGACAACUGGGUGCGUGGCAUCACCUUCCACCCUGGAGGCAAGUUCAUUGUGACCUGUGCAGACGACAAGACCUUAAGGAUCUGGGACUACAAGAACAAGCGCUGCAUGAAAACCCUGUGUGCCCACGAACACUUUGUUACCUCUCUGGAUUUCCACAAGGCUGCUCCCUACGUCGUCACUGGGAGCGUAGAUCAAACAUUAAAAGUGUGGGAGUGCCGCUGAUCUGGACCUCGGAGGAUUGGACCACCACCCUAAUUACCCAGGCGUUCCUCUGGAUCCUACCUUCCUUCCUGCCAUUCCACCUAUCCCUUUCAUCCCACCUCCCCCCACCCCCUCAUCUAACAUUAAGUCUCAUCCGCACAUCUUCAUCUCCUCCGGCUGCACUUACCCCCCAUGGUUAUUUACCCAUUGCGCUCUCUGGUCCAAUAACUUUUGUCCUUCUUUGUAAAUUAUUCCUGGAUGUAGAUCAAGCUAUUAAAUGUUACACAAAAAAGUAUUCUUGCAUGGUAAUCCAAAAUUGUAUACUGUAAAUUUACAUAACGUUGUCUAGAAGUACCAUAGGUUUAACACGGGGCUGGCCGUCUGUCACGCAGCCUUACCGACCAACCGAAGGCAGAUGUUUUUGACUGGGUGUAAAAUGUAGGGCACUAAAAACCAAUAAUUUAAGAAAUGACAGUGUCUUUAUGUGUAAGAUUUAUUUUUGUCUAUUUUUUUAUUUAGGAUUUUUUUCUGUUAUUUCUCUCCAUCACUGUCGUAGUCUGUUGGUGCCUAGCUUGGUGAAACUUUCGAGAGAUAAGGCAGGAGAAGCAUAUAUGACGCGAUAAGAUGCGAUUGUUUGUGGGGCUUUGUUAUUGAAAUAAUCUGUAGCUUUAUAACGUCACUUCUCAAGUGUGCAUACCAUUUCUCUUCAUGUGGAACUAGGUAAUAUUUUAUUGGCUGUAUAUACGAAUGUUUCAAACUGUUGUCGUUGGACCUCGGGGGUUUAAAAACAGCUUUGUACUCUUGUCAUGUUGGCACAUGAACCACUGCUAGGCUUUAGAUAAAGGAUCCCGUUUAAUGAAUCUGCAGUAAAGUAUAAAAAGUUGAAGCGUUGCUGAGCGGCUUUGUGAAAAAACCCAAGUUUUUUACAAGAAGCCUGAUGUAACGAGCAUGUUUGUUUGGCUUUCGCUGUUAGUGAGCACCUUGAGUCCCAGCAGCAGUUACGGGAUUACACCUAUUUAAUCUCUAGCACUUGAUAAAGACCUUGGGUGUGUCUCCCUCCAUCAGACAUUUCCCUGUGACCUUGCAUGUCAGACUUUUAAAUGACUAAACACUGUCCACUUCUAUUCUCCUGACUAGGCUGGUUGAGAUUGAGGAAUUAUGUAAAGUCAGAAGAUGCUCAGUCGAACAAUGAUGCAUCUGAAAGCCACAAACAGAAGCCUCAUGUGAAACAAGGCCGUUAAAGAUUUAACAAAGACAUGGCGAGGAGUCAAAGUAAGCCCCCCUGGGUUUGAUAUCUGGGAUGUGCAAAGAUCUCUUAUUUUUGAGGGGUGAAAUUUAAGUUCUGCGUAAUAAAAAUGGUUUUGAUUGAAAAAACAGUUUUCUGUGAAAAUAUGAAUUGUAAAUUUAGCUUGUUAUAGAGAGAUUUGGCAGUUUUGUAUUAUCACACUAUGGGAUGAAGUUGAUGGGAAUUAAGGAUUGGUGAGGAAGAGCCAGCAGCUGAUGAGUUCUGUUGAGGCAAUUUUUUCUUGAGGGGACUGAUGUAGAGGUUGCGGUUUUAUUGUGACGGACUCCUUGCUGAAAAGAGGUGGAGCACCUCCUGGAUUAGAUUACAGACAAACCCCACAGACAACCUCAAACAUGUCUUUAGAGUGGCAUUCCUCAAAGGUUCGACUUGUGGAGCCGUGACUAUAAAACGAAAGACUGGAAAAUGAGCGUAAACCAGGCCGUGCAGUAAAACGACCAUUCCACUCCUCUCUGGAAGAAAAAACAGUGAACCAUCAUGCUUGUGACUGUUGCUGGCACGGUGAUUCAUUAAUCUUGCACAUCCCUGUUUUCACUAAGUCUUCGGUCCUUUUUAAUAAUGAUCAAAGACGACUUUAAAAUUGAAUGAUGUUGAUAAAUGCAUAAACCUAUAAUUUCUGAUUAGCCUUUUCAUUCCAAUUCAGUUCUUGGCUAAUAAAGAAUUCCAUUGCUUAACUGAUCUUAGCUUAUUUGCCAAGUGUUCUUCUUCCUGUGUGUACUGGAUGCGGUGAUCUGCUGCUCAAGCUCCUACUAGUGGCUACUGUGAGCCUACUGUGACCUGUUGAUGUAGCACUGCUGCAUGUAAACCUGCACCAGCAGCAGAGCUGUCAGAACACUGAGCGUUCACAAAGAUUAAAUUCUGCUAUUAACAGACCAAUUUGAUCGAAUGAGGUGAGAAAAGGUCUGUAUUUAAAGUAGUUUGACAUUUGGGAAAUAAACUUAUUUGAUUUUCAUGCAGAGAGUUGGAUGAGAAUAUUAUAUUUCAAAGGGGAAAAGACUAUUAAAUAUUGUUAAUCAUUUUUUGAAAAUGUACAUUUGUGGACCUCAAGAGUUAACAAACCAGAGGUUAUUCACUCAACAACUGCUUGUGUUGGCUAAUGCUGCAUUCAGGCACUGUCAGUAAAAUGAGAGGACUGAAAACACCAGUUUUUAUGACUCAUCACUCCCAAUUAUUUAACCCUAGCGCUGGUACUAAUGUAUUUAGAGCAUGUGUUGAUAACACAUGUAUUUAGUAGUUUGUUAAAAAUCAGAUGAACAGAUUGUAUCAACCAGCAGCAGCAGCAGCAUCAUUUGCAGCCACUCUGCCAACGGUUUGUUGACAUGUUUUUAUCAAGUUGGAAAUAAUCAAUCCAGUGGCUAGAGUCCGGCUAUUAGUCUGAUUCCAGUUAUGCUAAGCUAAGAUAGCCUGCUGCAAACAUCCAUCUUCUCAUCUAAAACUCUGUAAGAAAGUGGGUCAGCCUUUUUUCCCCCCCAACUUUUUUUCCCAGAAUGCUCCUGUAACAUCAGAGAGUGUGUAUGAGUUCAGACAGCUCUGUUCUCUGGUCGUAGAGACGCUGGUCGUGUUGUGUGUGAUGCAAACUGAUGAAGGUUCAACACCUCCAUCUUCUGUAAAUGCAAUGGGAUUGUGGCAGACUAGGAUGUUCCAAAGGAGAAAUCCUCUCUUUCAGGGAAUAUUACUGAUGUCUCCCCUUGAUGUGUGCCCCCUCCUCCGCCCCCGACCCGUACAAAGGUUUUAUUUUAUUUUCUACAUUCUUUUUCUCCUGAGUGGAGAAUCAGCUGAUUUUUGUAGUCCUACUUGACAUGGCUAAUGAAGAUGCCAGUGUGUUCAAUGUUCUAGCUGAAGCCAAAAAAAUGGAGACGUGUCAGAACAAUCUGGUUUAAAAAAAUGACGCUUGUCUCCUCAGGAUCACGCUAUGACAUGCCAGACCAUAAAAUGUAAAUUUAUAGGGAAAAAAAUCUUCCCUUCUUUGGUUUUAUUCAAGGAAGGUGUUUAAUUGAAGGUCAGGAUGAUGUGUGUCCUGGUUCUUUUGUAAGAAAAAGUAGAUAGAAAAGCAGUGGCUGGUGUUUGUACACCAGUGUGCCCCCUGUUGAAGAAAAUCCCCCUUUGCCAUUUGCAGGUCCCAAGCAAUCCCUGUGCUGCUCUGGUUGUGGUGUAUGAAGAGACAGACAGGUCAUAACUGUCUAGAGGUCAUUUCCUGCUGCCUCAGGUCCACCUGUCCUCUGUAACCUGCCUGUGAACCACAUGUGAGGGCUUCAGACCGCACAACAAGCUCUGACAGCAGAGCUUGUGAUGUUUUCACCACUAUGGUCUCACUCUUCACUCAGCAAACUGUCAACAAUAUACCUGGAUGUCAUUAUUGUUUGCAAUAUAAUAAAAGAAGUAAAAUCUGCA